UUGCCAAUGUCAUUGCGAUUUUAACCUAUAUAAACUUAAAACUCCCUCCUCUCUUUCCAAACGCAAACAUUUCUUCAGAUGUCCUAAAUUGCAUCCUCUGCCUCUGCUGGUCAUUUCUCUUUCUCUCUUUCAUUUCGCAUUCAAAGAUAAAACCAUUCCUUCUCUCAUAUAUACCCAUUUAUUUUCCCAUUUUAGGAAGACGAAUGAAACACGAAUCCUCAUCUGCCAUGGCAAGUCCAGAACUGAUAGAACCAAGAAAUUGGGUGGUUGGAUUUAGAUUUCAUCCAACUGAUUAUGAGCUGACUAAUUAUUUUUUAAGACGUAAAAUCUCUGGGCAUGGUGAUAAUGGGAUGCAAAUCCCUGAUAUUAAAGUUUGUGACUAUGAGCCCUGGGAUAUUCCCGGUUUAAUGAAUUCCAAUUCAGAGGAUCAAGUGUGGUAUUUCUUUUGUCCUCGCGAUUACAAGUAUUUACGCAGUAGUCGAUCUAACAGAACAACUAAAGUUGGGUACUGGAAGCCCACCGGCAAACCUCGUAAGGUGAAGGACAAACAUAAGAAGAAAGAGAUUGGUACAAAAAGAAGUUUGGUUUUCUAUAAAAAAGAUAGUCCUAAAGCCACUAGGACUAAAUGGAUCAUGCAUGAAUAUGAUAUACAGGGGAAUUUUGUUCUCUGUAAAUUGAAGUUUAAGCCUGAUGCUGAGAAGGCCUUAAUAGUUGCUGCAAGUAAUGCAGCUUCCCCUUCUGAUAUUGAAAGUCUGAAGUUGACAGAGAUGACAAGUAAUUCAUCUUGUGAUGAAUGUGAGCCAAGUAUCGUUGUGGCAUCUCCGAAUGAGAUGACUGCUAUGUCAACCUAUGUGAAUGAUAAAUUAAUUAGCUCACCGACUAGGGAUUUUGAAAAUCAAAAUCCAAACAAGGUAAAUGAUAUAUCGGUCUCUGAUGGGGGUGAAUGGAGUUUUCUAGCACCAACAUCUCCAGAUUCUGGAAAUCAAAAUCAACGCGAGAACACUGAUAUGUCAACUUCCUCAAUUGUUUCUAAUCUAGACAAUAAUGCGUCGGAGAAUACUCCAUUAGAGGUAGAUCUACAAGAUUGUUUCAAGAAGCUGGAAGCAUUGCUUGAGCUAGAAGAAGAUAACAGGUUUAUCUCUGCAUUCUUCCAGCCUACGAGCCGUAGUGAAAGCGGCUCUUACACUACUAGCUUUGAUGCCUCUGUGUUCGGUGGAGUAGGAUCUGAAAUGGAAUGGGCCAAUGAAGAUGGAGUCUAUUGGCCUUGCACCUGUACUGGCGCUUCAGUAUUUUGAUUCCUCACAUGGAUGAAUCAUUCCAUGAGAAAUAUCAACACCUGUAUAAUGUAUUAUUACAAUUUGGAAGAUAUUUGUAUGGAUAAUGUAAUUGUAUCAAGGCACUAUUUUUUUUUUUUUUUGGUUACAAUACCUCUUUUUUGUAUUUUAGUUGAUGCUAAAUGAAGUUAUUUAUAUAUGGUUUGCUUAUUGGGCCGCUGAA